AAGACCACAGGCAAAGACACAAUACACAAGAGAGCUAAGAGAUGGGAACUAAGAGCAUGGGGUCUAGAAUGGCCUCAUUCACAGCAACCCUUGUGGUGCUACUUGUGUCACUUAACUUUCCAGUGUUCAUCACUGCUGAUUCUGAACAAUCUUACAAGUACGAAUCUCCACCCCCUCCUGAAAAAUCUCCUCCUUAUAAGUAUGAAUCUCCACCCCCUCCUGAAAAAUCUCCUCCGUAUAAGUAUGAAUCCCCACCGCCACCUAAGAAAUAUCCACCACCUUACAAGUAUGAGUCUCCGCCACCACCUAAGAAAUAUCCACCGCCUUACAAGUACGAGUCUCCACCACCACCUAAGAAAUAUCCUCCACCUUACAAAUACGAGUCUCCACCACCACCGAAAAAAUAUCCGCCGCCUUACAAGUAUGAGUCUCCUCCACCCCCUAAGAAGUAUCCACCACCAUACAAAUAUGAGUCUCCUCCACCACCUAAAAAAUAUCCUCCACCAUACAAGUACGAGUCUCCACCACCACCUAAGAAAUAUCCUCCGCCAUACAAGUACGAGUCUCCACCGCCACCAAAAGAAUAUCCUCCACCACCUCCAAAGUGUCCUUCCCCACCGCCACCCCCCAAGUGUCCAUCACCACCACCACCUCCCAAGUGCCCAUCACCACCUCCUCCUCCCAAGUGCCCGUCACCACCUCCUCCUCCCAAGUGCCCGUCACCACCGCCUCCGUCCAAAUGUCCGUCACCACCGCCUCCUCCCAAGUGUCCCUCACCACCUCCUCCUCCAAAGUGUCCCUCACCACCACCUCCUCCCAAGUGUCCUUCACCAUCCCCUCCUCCUAAGUGCCCUCCACCACCUAAACCCCACAAGCCAAAACCACCAAAAUACGAGUACAAGUCUCCACCACCUCCUCCAAAAGAAGACAAAUGCCCACCACCAAAGCAUGAAAAAUCCCCGCCUUACAAGUACGAGUCUCCACCACCUCCCAAAAAGGACAAGGGAUACGAAUACAAGUCUCCACCACCUCCCAAAAAGGACGAGGGAUACGAAUACAAGUCUCCACCACCUCCUUAUCACACCUAAGAGAUAUUCCGUUGUAUUCCCCUUCUCAGGAUAGGCGGGAAUGGAUGCAAUUACAACGCUAUCAGCAAAUUAUAAGAUAAAGAAACCGCUUGUCCUGCCCUGUUUUCCUGCUCUGGAUAUACCUACAUAAUUCGUGUGUUGUAUUUACCUAUAAUUUGUAAUUGUGUGGUAUGUUUUGAUUAAAGAGAUGCAUUUUUAAAUAAAAUAAUAAGAUUCAUAUU